UUAUACCGCCGCAAGUCAAAUUCACGAAAACGCGUUUUUCUGUGAAGCAGCACUUUUUCUGCCGAUAUAUGCCAGAAAUACUAGAAAGUGCGAUUCGGCAUUAUUGUAGUAUAGUACUACAUAUUAAACCGAACAUUCCGCAAUCCGCAUUCGUACCGUGUAUCCACCGCGAAGACUGAGCAGUAUUUAUUUGGACGUAAAGAAUGCAUUCGCGCUGAUCACGUCAAGUCACAACAAACAAGUUGCAUGAGUAUUGCAUUUAACUUACAAAACUUUUCUCCAGUUUCACCAGGUUAACACAUUUUUUUAAUUCGAUCUCUGAUUAAGUUGUGGCUCCAGCUUUGCAUACUUUUGAUGGGAUUUGUGUUCCGAUGGCUUUGAAAGUGAUAUUUUCCGCUGUCGCUGCGCAGGAUCCGUCGCGCACUUCACCAUUAGCCAUAUCGUGUACUGCGAACAAUAACCCAUUGACCGAGCUGAGUCUCUACCGGUCACGUGCGCCUGUUACCGGGGAAGGAAGUGCACUCCGCGAUAAACCGUUUCGGAAAGCGGUUUUUGUUCUGGGAUUAUUUGGUGGAAUUUUCAAUUUUCUAUGUGCAAUCGCCGGAAUUGUCAUCUUGAGCAUAUAUUUACCAUACACCAUCACGUUAGCCGUUCUCACAGCCUGGCUCAUCCUGGCCUCCAUACUGUCCAUCUCCACCGGCCUCUCGCUGGCCAAAGCCCUCGGUUUCCCACCGGCCACACCCAACCGCGACUUCCGCCUCGAUUAUCUGCUGCGUUUCGCUGCCCUCGUCAGCACCCUGUCCAUUCUCGUGGGCACGGCCGCCUUCCUCCACGGGCUCAUCUUAUUACUGCAGAUGACCCACCAGUCACUGGCCCGCGAUGAUACUGAAGAGCUCAUCGAACAGAUGGACUCCAUGGGUCUAUACGAUGUGGCCGAAGCGGUCCAGAAUCAGACAAAAAAGAACCGGCAAGUAGCCGGGUCAUCCAGUACCGCCGUGGGGCUUGUCGCUUUCCUCAUCAACAUGGUCGCUUUGUCGGUGGUGUGGAAAUCGAGGAGAACGGCGCGGGAUGAACGCCGGAAUCGUGCGGAGGAUAUCGGGGUCAGUGUUAUUGGGAUGCCGGACAAUGUUCCGCCACCGCCUACGUAUGCCGCGGCAAUAGCCAAUAGUGGAGCGGAAACGCCGAUAUAUCCGAUGCCGGAGCCUCCACCACGCUACACCGCCUCGUGAUUUUUUUAUAAACACGCAAUACUGUAUUGCUGUAUUUAAAAUGAGACACACAAAUCUGCAACCAUGAAGCUACAGUAUACUGUAUACUAACCUGGCUAACUUAAGCAUUUAUUUGCGGGAGCAAUUGUAAAAAUGACUUUCUUAUGGGAUACAAAGUACAUUGUGAUUUUUUAUAUGAGAUUAAUAUUUUUAUUUGCUUAUCGAAGUGGAAUAGCUGUAUGGUGUACAGUUACGCAAUGAAGCUUGUUUCUGAAGAAUGCAUGUCACAGGCAUGAAAGCUAUAAAAUUACUUCGGCAACAUUUAUAAGC